GCAAGAGCAGCCAGAGCCACUAAACCCUCGGAAGCUUAAACGGUUAAACCCCAUCGCAUAUGGAGCUUAUCGGACCUUAAACCUCCAAUUUCACUCACAAAUCGCAAGAAUUCCAAUUGGAUAAACAAAUGGUGGCUGGUCCGUUGCUUCGCUCCCUCUGGUCCGCCACCACCAGAAAAUCCUCGAACUGUAGAUUUUUCCCACGCGCCUUCUCUACUGCAUCGGCAGCUACCGCCUCAACUGCUCCGAGCAGUUUUCUGGAACCCAGCCGGCUCAGGAACGUGGCAGUCAUCGCUCACGUCGACCAUGGAAAGACCACGCUCAUGGACCGCCUUCUCCGCCAGUGCGGCGCCGACAUCCCUCACGAGCGAGCCAUGGACUCCAUCAGCCUGGAGCGCGAGCGCGGCAUCACCAUCGCUUCCAAGGUUACUUCAAUCUCGUGGAAGGAAAAUGAACUAAACAUGGUUGAUACACCUGGACAUGCUGAUUUUGGUGGUGAAGUUGAACGGGUUGUUGGGAUGGUUGAAGGGGCGGUUUUAGUUGUGGAUGCUGGUGAAGGCCCUCUUGCACAAACAAAAUUUGUUCUUGCCAAAGCCCUAAAGUAUGGAUUGCGCCCUCUUCUUCUUUUGAACAAAGUAGAUCGGCCUUCAGUUUCAGAGGAGAGGUGUAAUGAAGUUGAGAGCCUAGUCUUUGAUCUUUUUGCAAAUCUUGGUGCUACAGAGGAGCAGCUUGAUUUUCCAGUUCUCUAUGCUUCUGCUAAAGAAGGAUGGGCAUCUUCCACAUUCACAAAGGAUCCUCCUGCUGAUGCCAAAAAUAUGUCAAUGUUGCUUGAUGCUAUUAUAAGACAUGUUCCACCGCCAAAAGCAAGCCUUGAUGAACCUUUCCAGAUGCUGGUAUCAAUGAUGGAGCGAGACUUUUAUCUGGGGCGAAUACUAACUGGACGAGUUGUUUCUGGGAUCAUACGUGUAGGUGACAAAGUACAUGGAAUACGUAAAAUGGAUUCUGGGGUUGAGAAAAUCGAAGAAGGAAAGGUUGUGAAGUUAAUGAAGAAGAAAGGGACGACCAUUGUUCUAAUAGAUAGUGCAGGAGCAGGUGAUAUAAUUUCAAUGGCAGGUUUGGCAAAUCCAUCAAUAGGUCAUACAGUGGCAAAUGCAGAGGUGAUGACUCCAUUGCCCACAGUUGAAUUGGACCCUCCAACAAUAUCCAUGACCUUUGGUGUCAAUGACUCUCCAUUGGCUGGUCGUGAUGGUACCCACUUGACUGGUGGAAAAAUUGGCGAUCGAUUAAUGGCUGAAGCUGAAACAAACCUAGCCAUAAAUGUAAUUCCGGGUUUGUCCGAGUCUUUUGAGGUUCAGGGGAGAGGAGAGCUUCAACUAGGUAUCUUAAUUGAGAAUAUGAGGCGUGAAGGAUUUGAGCUCUCUGUGUCACCUCCUAAAGUCAUGUAUAAAACUGAGAGGGGUCAGAAGCUGGAGCCAAUUGAGGAAGUGACUAUUGAGGUAAACGAUGAGCAUGUGGGGUUGGUUAUGGAAGCUCUAUCUCAUCGAAGAGCAGAGGUUAUGGACAUGGGUCCUGUUGCUGGAAAUGUUGGCAGGACAAGAUUGUCCUUGACAUGUCCAUCUAGGGGACUGGUUGGUUACAGGAGUGUGUUUAGCAGUGACACACGUGGAACUGGAUUUAUGCAUCGCGCUUUCCUGACUUAUGAAAAAUAUCGAGGUGUGCUUGGAAAUGUUAGGAAAGGAGUAUUGGUAUCAAUGGGCUAUGGUACAAUCACAGCUUACGCAUUGGUGAGUUUGGAACCUCGUGGAACUCUCUUUGUGACUCCUGGGAUGGAGUCAUAUGACGGCAUGAUUGUAGGUGAGCAUUCACGGGAUAGUGACCUUGAUAUCAACCCUGUAAGGAGCAAGGAACUUUCUAACAUGCGAGCUGCGGGCAAGGACGAGAAUGUGAAGCUAUCACCCCCUCGCCUUAUGACUCUUGAGGAGGCAAUUGGAUAUGUAGCUUCUGAUGAGCUUAUUGAGGUUACCCCAAAGGCCAUUCGUCUAAGAAAGAGAUACCUGGACGUCAACAAGCGUAAAAGCAUGAGUAAAAGACCAAAGGAGUGAAAUUUUAACUCCGCAUACAAUUUUGUGACUUCAUACCUCAUUAUUUAUUGUGCCUGAACAGGUACAUUUUGUAUUAUUCUUUCUGCAACCUCAAUGUAGUUGGCAUAUUUUAUUUCUGUAACAGUGAAAUAAGUUGAUGGGUUGUUUUUGGAAAGUAGAAAUAAUGCAAUGAUCGAUUUCCAGUCAUCGUUAUGCAACUUCAAUAAAACUAUCUAUUUUUUUGGGGGCUUA